AUGGAGGUGGAAUUAGCGGCUGAAGAGUCACGGGAAAGAGUCAAGGCAGCGUCUGUGACUUCGUGGCAGGGGGGGGCUUUAUUCAAUCUGCAGGCCCAAAUUGGUUCCCCGGGCAACCAGUUCUCCCUCUGUUCUCUAGGUGGCAUCGAGGCCAAAGGAGAGCUUAGCAGGACCCUUGCAGCUGGAGCAAGUCAGAUUCAGGACAGCAGCCCUGCCGUUGGAGGCCCCUGCGGGAAGGAGAGCCCCACCGCCUCCUGGCAGCAAGAAGCGGCUUGUCCCAGUGCCCCACCCGGGAGCCCCAUCCCCACAGAGAAUGGUGAAGAGGCCCAUGCAAUGGCUUCGGAACUGGCAUCCAUGGGAGAGAGGCUCGAGAAAGAAAAUCAAGAGUUGAGACUCGCUCUUGGCAAAGCAGAAACCCGGAUGCAAGAAAAGGAAAGGGAACUAUGGAAUUUGCAGGGGCAGCUGGACAUGAUCCGAGCUGAGCUGGCUCAGUGGAAGAAGCAGCGAGGCGGCCAGACGGAGAGCAGCUCCCUGGAAAGCAGAGGGAGGCGGCCGUCGGUGGAUGUGGGAGACCUGCGCCAAAGCAGGCACCAGCAAAAGGGCCUGCUUGGGACAGAAAAGGUGCCCUCUAGUGGCAGCCGUCGUAGCAUAAGCUCCUCCCGCUUGGAGCAGCCGGCUGAGAAACGGGGAGCUCACACCAAGUUGAAAGGUUUUCCCUCACCGAGCUCCCGGGCCCAGAGUACGGAGCGGGGCCGGGAGGAACUACAGGCCCUCAGAACCGAAGUUUUGACGUUGCGGCGGCGCCUGGAUGCCUCAGAGAGCCAACGCAAAACCCUCCUUGAGGCUUGCUGGCAGCAAGAGAAAAGCCGGGCCUGGGCCCAGGAGAGGCAGUUGGGCCCAAUGGUGGGAGCGGCGGCCUGGCAAAAGACAAAGGACUCCCCAGAGAUCCAUGGGGAUUGCCAGGCCCCCAGGAGCAAAGGACAGGCCUUGGUGUUGGCGACCGGUGGGGAAGUCUCUGUGGCAGAAGAGGUUGAGGAGGAUGGAGGGGCGGUUGAGCCCGAGACAGCGGCAGAGCUGGGGAAGGAGCUGGCCUCAGACGUAGAGACGUCUGAAACAGGAGAAGAUGCCCCAGCGCCAGCCACACGGCAGGCACACAGGGAGGCUGAGGCAGAGGGCCAAGGAGGCAGGACCCCUGACCUGGAGGGGAAUGUGGAAGGUUUGCAGGAGAACCUCCUGGACUUGGCCUCCGGCAAGGCCCAAGCCGAGGCCCAAGCCAUCUUGGCCCAGGAAAAACUCCAGCUCCUGCAGGCCACGCUGGGGAGGCAGACGGAGCGGUUGGCACGAGCCAUGGAGACCCAGAGCCGCCACGUGGAGGAGCUGCUGGCGGAUGCCGAGGAGAAGGAGCAGCUGAUGAGGAGCCUCCGCCAGGAGCUGGAGGAGACCAAGAAAGCCUUGGAAAUGGCGGAUGCCGAGGGCCAGAGGCUGCGGGCUUUGCUGGGACAGAGGGAGGCGGAGGGGCACCACGCAGAAGGCCCCUCAAACACCUUGGAGGUGCGCGGAGACAGCGAGAUCUCGGAGGUCCCUCUGGUGUCGGCCCAGCUGCAGGGAGGCAUGUUGAGCACUGCGGACGUUGGUCUAGCGGGACGUCUGCCCGAAGAGAAGCAGGUGCAGCCGGGAAUCCAGGAACAAUGGUGUCUGUUUUCAUGGGUGACUCUCUGUCUGCAGCUGGAGGCCUCUCUUGCCCAGCUUCAGCAGGAAAACCUGGUCCUGCGCGAGGAGCUGGCUACCUGGGAGGCCUGGCGCCAGAAAAGAGGAGAGGAGGACACCACUGGCCCCUUUGAACUGGUUGGCUCGGGAAACGGCAGAGAAGCAGCCGAGACGGCAGAUGUUCCUGAUGCUUCCCAGAAGAGAGAGUGUUUGUCUCAGGGGAGCCGACGAAAUGUCCAGACCCAAACUGAGGGACCAGAGUGUGGCCAUCGGCGCAGGGAACGUGUCUCUGUGGCCUUUGAUGACACUCAGUAUGAACCGUAUGGGCUCCCUGAGGUGGUCAUGAAAGGUUUUGCUGACAUCCCAUCCGGUCCCUCUUGCCCAUACGUUCUCCGCCGGGGCAUUUUGGGAAGUGCCCCCGUUGCCCAGCUGGCACCGCGAGCAGAACCAGAAGAGGAUUCCCCUGAGGCAGAGGAGGGGACGGGCGUCUGAGAACAGCCUGCCAGCACAGGUUAUCAUUCUCUCCAUAUUGUACCACAGGAGUUCCUGGCCUUUUCCACCUGCGCCAAUAUUUCUGCAGCAGCCACCAAAAGAUGAGUGUCUCUGUGGGAAAACCCUGCUGUGGGCUUCCUUGGUUCCUGAUCUGAAAGGAGAUGGGCUGAUGAUCUCUGCCACUGUGCACUAGAUUCUCCUUUUCGGUUCCCUGGCUGCCACGCUUCGUAAGUUUCUGAAAAGAUGAUGUUCCUUACAGGCAUUCUAAGCCGAAGGGGGGAAAGUGUUUUCAGUCUUCAUCCUCCUCCUCGCCCUCCCCCCCAGCCC